ACUUUCAUUACGUUAUAAUCCUUUUAACAGAAACAAUUCAAAAAUGUAUUAGUGCUGUUUGCAGCACCGUCGACACAUUUUCCAUUCAAGUUAAAGUACAAAAAGUGAUCACAAUUAAAAGAAUGUUAGUCUUUAUAAUAGUUUCAUUGUUUGCCAGUGUUAAGUGUCAGGUUGAUUUAGUGAACUUCUUUGGAGAAUGUCAAAAAACGGAAGAAACCUUUGAUGACUGCGUCAAAGACGGAUUAAAUUCCUUGAGAGCUUACUUUAAAACAGGGUUGCCUGACUAUAACAUUGCCCCUUUUGACCCAUUUUUUGCGGCCGAGGUGCCGCAAAAACGGAGUGGACCUUUUUUUAAUUACAAAUUAAUUCUUCGUAAUGUCACAGAAUCUGGAUGGACCUCGUCUCAAGUUAACAAAUUCAGAACUGAUUUUAAUAAACAUUUCAUCGAGUUUACUCAAUUUUUUCCUGAUAAAAAAUUGAGUGGGUUGUAUGAAAUUGAAGGGACUUUCUUCGGUAACAAAAUCACGAAUCAAGGGUCAUGGAAUUUGAACUUGUUUGAUUAUGUACAAACCAUGACGGUUACGAGAAAACCACGGCGAGAUGCAAGUGGACAAAUUAUUCCAAAUCCACCGCUGAAAGUCCAAGUUAAUGUCCAGUCUUGCAACAAAUUGGAACUUCAUAUUGGACAUUUAGCUGGAGGUAGAACCAUUGUUGAAAACAUGUUGGAUUGGGUCAUCAACAACGCAUGGCAGCCGGGUUUUGUAAUUCUAAGGCCGCUGAUAAACGAUUUAGUAGCUACGGCAUUUACGGAAAUAUUGAAUAAAAAUUUCCAAAACUUCCCGUUUGAAAAAGUGUUUCCUAAUUAAAUUUCAUCACGAGUACAUGUAUUAUUAUGUCAUUUUUCUUUGCACAAAAUUUGUAAAUUACAAUAAUUGACAAAAUUACAAAAAUUUAAUUAGCAUUUGGCAAUUGUAAGUAAUCAGUGCACAUUACUCUAUUGUUAUUAAUUAUUGUUUCAUAGAAUCAUUUGUAAUAUAAUUACAUAUACGGACGCAGUUUUAAAUUUUCAUGUUGCCAUAAUUAAAAAUUUUGUUCAAAAUAUGUUUUGUAAAAGCGAAAUUAUAGGAUUAUAUUUUUGAAAGAUUAUAUUAGGGAAUAGUGUUCUAUUUAUUGUACUAUAGACAUUCACAUAAUCUUGUAAUUACAUUGCACCAAUAGCAUUCAAAAAAGAAAUAAAUUUGUACUUAAAUUUUAAAAAAAUUGUUUUCACUAUUACUAAAUAAGUAAAUAAAUAGGUUUAUGUAAAGUAAAAUUAUUAAUGUUUAAGCAACAAUUCUUCUAGUCAUUAAAUUUGCAUUGUAACACUACAUAUUAUUAGCGUAACUUUAGAACAUUAACAGAGCCGGGGAUGGCAAUAAGUAAAUAUUUAUUUAUAAUAAAACAUUAUAAUUAGUAUGUUUUAAGUUAUUUAGAUUAGAUCUAACAGCACGUAUAAUAUAAUUUCAUUAUUUUCUCUAUAAUGUUGGCCUGACAUAAUAAUACGAGAGUUAUAAAUAUAAUAUUUUUCCCACAAAAAUAUAAAGCAGCGUUGUAGUUUAUACUGCCCCAGUUAUUGAUUAUCCACCUACACCUUUAUGUAAAUUUUUACGUAUUUGUAUAAAAUAGAAAUUGCACGCAAAAUAAUCAAUGAACGAGUUUAGAAAAUGAGUAUUUUUUGCUAAAUCUGUUUUGUAUUCUGUGGGUUUACUGCAAAAAUUGUCCAAGUCGUUUUACAACUAAAAAUAGUCAGAAACAAAAUAUCGUAAAUAAUUUUUUUACAGUGGUAUUAGUAUACUUAAUUAAAACAAAAUUUAAAAACAAAAGAUUAAUAUUUAUGAAAAAUCGCACUACAUACUUGUAUUUCUGGAAAUAUACAGGGUGAGUCGUAAUUAAGUGUAAAAAAAUACCAAAUAAGCUUUCUUUCUAGGUAUGUCAUUAAACGUCAAAAUACAAAACACACAAUGUAAUUUAAAUAGAACUCUAGCAACAUUCUGUAUGUUUGAAUUAAUUGUUUUGUUUUGGCUAAAAAAAGCGUGUUACAUUUUUAAAACCUAAUUAUGGUUCCCUUAAUAUACAUAUAAGCAUAUGACUGUGUACCUACUACUAAAUAUACAUAACUAUUGUAAUUAUAGAUAACUAAAAGAAAACUAAUAAACUGAAAAUUACUGGUAUUAGUAGGUAGUGUAGAAUUGUAGAUGUAUAAUGAUAAUUACAUACCAGGUUAUCCAAACGUUUUUUGCUUAAACUAUUUAUUUUUUGGUAAAACUAAUUGAUGAAUGAUAAAGUACUAUAAAAAUGUGAUGUUUUAUCAAAAAUAAAGUUUUUCGAAAUUU